AAAAAUCCAUAUAUUUUGGGAUUUAAACGUUUCAUUCCUGAAUUAUUGCUAUAUUUUUGCUUGAAAAUUUCCUAUAUUCUUGCAAAGCCAUCAUUGGCUUGGAGGCAUAGUUUAAGACUGGUUCCCAGCUCAGUUAAAUUACAUAUGGAUCAUAAGUAAACAUAGGCACAUACAUGUAGCUGUCUUCUCUUGUAAAAAUGCUAAAAAAAAAAUCUAAUCUCCUUCAUUAGUAAGAAUUUAACUACCCAUAGACUUGAUGUUACUGAAAAGAAUGUGUCAGAAGGUUGUUUGAUAAAUACAGAGCUAUAAUUGGUCAACCGCUGCUUCAUGUUUAAAAAAUUUGAAUUUGGUUUCAGGCUUUUGUGUUAUGUCCUGUGGCAAAUGUUUUCUAUUUAAGGACCAUCUAUAUUUUUUUUCAGAAUAUAGUCAAUAGUCACUAUAAAGAAGAGAUAAAAAAUUUAAGUUUCUUACAUAGUGUUACAAUGAUUUUAUGAGCUACACUGGAUUUUGUUGAGUCAGACAGAAAAUCUCAAAAUCAAACUUUGCUUAAGUUUCGUCAUGGACAUUUAAAUUUGAAAGUAAUGGUUUAUAAAUAUGUCACAGGGUGAAAAAAUGUGCAGCCUGAGCGGGACUUGAACCCAGGGACCCUUGGAAAACCAUUCUGACUAAGCUGUCCGGCUGCUUACACAUCCUCUCCCCCCUAAAUAGUGAGUAGUUCUAACUGUGACAAAUAUAUAAUAUGAAAAUAAGUAAAGUAACCAUAAUGAAUAACUGGAUGCAUGCCGCAUAGUAAUUCCUACACUCUACAAUGGAUGUUAUGAAAGUUUUAUUCUUAUGUCCCUUCUUCCUGUAAGCUUGGUUCCUUGUCAGUGUGUUAAAAUCCUACAUGCUCCACCCAACCACCAUUACUUUUGUUUACAUGGUUUGAUGGCAGCGAGCCUUGUCUCCAGUCUUUGUAGAUGAUGAUGAGGUGCACAAACAAGUUUUAAACCUUUUUUUUUGAAGGAGUAAGAAAAUACUGAUUGGAGAACAAAUUGAAAAAACUUAAUUGAAAUCCUAAUAACAUUAGUCUUUUGUACUUAGAUUAACCCGUUUGCAUGUUAACUAAAAUGAUUGUAUAUUCAGCCUUAGAGUACAAAAAAGCACAUGGUUCUUUUUCUUUGUUUGCAUGAAUCUUUGAUCUACCUAAUCUUACCCAAAGACUUACCCCAUCUUUCCUUGCCUAUAUUUCCAAUGUCACAAGUAAAAUAUGGUUUUGUUUUGGGAAGUUUAGAAAAUAGUAUAAAACAGUAUAUUACUAUAUUCAGUAUUAUAAUCUACAUUUGUACUUUUAGCAUAAUAAAUAUUGAAAAAUUUAGCUAAUAUAGACUAUAAUUAAGAAAAGAUAAUUAUAAUUAAAAAUAAACACUAAUCAGUGGCUGUUUAUGCAUGUUACUUUUUUACAUAAUUAUAUUGUUCAUAAUUAUAUUGCAAGAUUUUGUUGUCAAAUGCUAUACCUUUUCUUAAUUAACUAACCCCUUUUAUAUAUAUUUAAAAACUUUCUGACAAUCAGUUAGUGGAGCGUGAUUUUAGCAUGUACUACGGAGAAAGCACGGUGAAAUCUGCCCCGCCCACCGAGAGGAGUAAUGGAAAACCAUCAGAUGAUUCCAAAAUUGACAAGGAGAAUGAUUCUGAAAAUGCUGGUAAAGAAAAACCCAAAGAGGACAAAAGGGACAACAAGAGAGAUAGGAGCCCAAAGAAAAAUUCAAAAGCUCAUGGUAGAGGAAAUGCAGACAAGAAUGAGAAAGGAUUGAAAGGCAAUGAAGAGUCUACUAAAAGUUUAUCUAGCAUGCAUAGUGAGAAAUAUGUAACCAAUGAUUUGGAGAGAGUAAAAACUUUGGUAUCUGAAGAUAAGGAUGAGGCUGAUUCUAACAAUGAAGGUGGUAGAGAAAAGAUUGACACAGAGAACAAAGAUGAAGAAAGUAAUCAAAAUGAAGAAUGUAAUAAAACCAAUGAAAAAGCAGAUGAGGAAGAUGAUUUCUUUGAUAAAGAAAAUGGUAAAGCAAAUGAGGAAAGAAAUGAAAGUGAUCCAGAUAUAGCAAAGUCAGAAUCUAAUGGAAAUGAGGGUCAAAAAGAGUCAGAUGGUGGAUCGAAAUCAGAUAAAACUUCUGAUGGCUCAAGUGAAAAUGGAGAGACAAAACCAGAUGAGAUGAAAGCUAAAAAGGCAAAUGAGGAAGGGAUUGGUGAAUUUAAAGAGCCUCAAAAUCAGCAGCAGAAAGCAGGAGCAUCAAAGAAGUCCAAGAAAAAGAAGGAGGAUGGUAUAUCUGGUCAAGGUAAAAGUAAAGAUAAUUCGGAUGAGAACUCUGAUAUUGCACAAUUGUUCAAAAUUGCAAAACAAUUAGGAAGACCAGAAGACAUUUUUAUCAAAACAUUGAUCAAGAAAUCUCACAAACAGAGAAUGGCUACCAAGGCAAAGUUUCGGCAAAAAUAUGAUUUGGAUUUAAGUUCAGAAUUGAAGAAUGGUUUAGGUCAACCAUGGGAGUACCUUAUAGAUGCUUUACUACAGGAGAGAGGAGUAGCAGACUCUUAUGCUGUGUUUGAUGCACUUAGUGGAAGAAGUCAGCAGACAGCAGACAUGUGUGACGUGGUCGAGUUGUUAUGUUCCAGGGAUAAUGCCACUAUAGCAGAACUCAAGGAAUCUUAUAGAAAAGAAUUUUCGAUCAGUUUAGAAGAGGAUGUAACUGAUAGAUCCAAACCUCCAUUACAAACAGUUCUUAUAGCAUUACAAAAGGGUGUCCGUGAUGAGUCAACAGAUGUAGAUUAUGAUCUUGUAAAGAAAGAUGCCCAAGCCAUUUAUGAGUAUGGUGAUGGCUGUUGGGAUAGUGAUAAUGGUAUAUUUAUAAAAUUGCUCAAUGACAGAAGUUAUGCUCAUCUCCAUGCAGUUUUCGCGGAGUAUAAGACGGUUGCCGGGGGCGAGGACAUUCUUCAUGCCAUGAAGAAAGAUUCUCCAAAAGAUUUUUACAAAAUUUUAAGUACUAUAGUUCAGUGUAUAGGUUCACCUUCCUCAUACUAUGCAGACCAAUUACAUCGACAUAAACUUCCAACUGACCCAGUGUUUGUUAACACUCUAGUUGUAAGAUCUGAGAUUGAUAUGCCAGAGAUUAAGAAAGUGUAUAAAAAGUUAUAUGGUGUUGAUAUAACUGAAGAUAUCAAAGCCAAGUCACAUCCCACACAGAAAUGUCUCAUUGAACUGGCUAAUAAAGUCCCAGCUGGCUCCAAAAAGAAAGCAGACCCCAAAAAAGCUUAUGUUAAAGAUGGUACAGCCAACCAACAAUCACAACCACAACCUUCCAAUGCUAAGAAACCUCCCACUGGUAAGAAAGCAGAAACCAAGGUCAAAGGUCAAGGUCAAAGUGAGUCAGGUGACAAUCCAAAAAUAGACAAUGAUUCUAAAAAUAGCACAAAAUCAGAACAAAAACCUGCUCAGCAAUCAAAAUCAAAAGACAAUCAAGAACAUGCUACAAAGAAGAAAAGUAGUCCCACAGGGGCUAGAGAUGGUAACCACAGGGGCACGGUGAAGCCAGCAAGUAAUUUUAGACCCGAGGAUGACUGUGAUAAGUUGAAUAGUGCAAUGAGUGGUGAGAGAGCCGAUGAGUCCGUUGUUGUGUCCAUCAUUCCUAAAAGAAGUAAUAAACAAAGGCAACAACUAAAGGCAACAUACGAACAGAAACAUAAAAAGAACUUGACGAUAGAUCUGACGUCAGAGAUGACUGGUGACUGGGAGGAGAUAGUGCUGGCACUCAUGAUGACCCCAGCAGAGUAUGAUGCCCAUGUGGUGAGAGAGGCUGUAGAGGGACUGGGCACUUCAGAGCCCACUCUAAUAGCUAUACUGUGUACAAGAUCUGCUCAGGAAUUGAAAUCUAUUAAAGAACAUUACAGAAAAGCUGGAGGUGGAGAUUUUGAUAAAGACGUGACACGUGAUGCUGGCGCUGAUUUGAAGAAUUUAUUGUUAAAUCUGGCACGUGGUGAGAGAGCUGCUGGUACUGCUGUCAAUAUGCAACAAGCACAGAAAGAUGCUAAAGAUCUUCAAAAGGAUGGUGUCCUCAGUGAAACUUUUGUAAAUGUUGUUUCCAAACUAAAUCAUUUCCAAGUGAAAGCAACUUUUGAUGAAUUUAAAAAGGUUAAUGGCGAGGACAUAUAUGCUGAUAUUACAAAGUCUUCUCUAGGAGAUGAUGAAGAUGUUUACAUCACUAUUGCUAAGGCAGUAGAAGACCCUGUAGAGUUUUAUGCUGAGAAAUUACAUGGCUGUUUUACCAGUAUGGGAACAAAUGACAAUCUUCUUAUCAGACUGGUUGUCCCAAGAUCAGAGGUUGACUUAGAGGACAUCAAGAUGCGUUACUACGAGUUAUACAGUCGGACAUUGUACGAUGCUGUAAACUCCCAAUGUCAGGGAGACUAUAAAGCCAUGCUACUUGCUGUGAUAAAUAAUGAACCAACUAAGACUAAAGGCCCACAAAAGAAACCAGGCCAGCAGACAACUGGUGUUAAGAAAGAAGCUAGUCAAAAGUCUCCCUCUGGUGCCACAGUGAAGCCGGCUAAACCUUUCAAUCCAAUCGAGGACAGUGAGAGAUUAAAUGAAGCAAUGUCAGGUUUCGGUACAGAUGAAGACGUGGUGGUUGAUAUACUGCCACGGAGAACAAAUGACCAGAGACAAGAAAUUCGGGCAAAAUAUCAGGAUAAAUAUAAUAAGGAUCUUCAAAAAGAACUAGAGUCAGAGUUACGUGGAGAUUUUGAGGAGAUUGUUUUGGCCAUGAUGAUGAAACCUAUAGAUUAUACAUGUCAUUGUUUACAUGAGGCAACAAAAGGUCUUGGUACAAGGGAGGGAAUUCUGAUAGGUGUGUUGUCAACAAAAACUGGCAAGGAAUUAGCAACCAUAAAGAACAGAUACAAGGAAUUGUAUGGUAAAGAUCUUCAAACAGAGAUAACACAGGAUGUAUCUGGUGGUAUGGAAGAUAUGUUUGUAGAGAUACUGAAAUGUGAACGUGAACAAGGGGACACUGUUAAUGCUCAAGAAGCAAAAGAAGAUGCUAAACGGCUGUACAAGGAAGGACAAAUCUCCAUAGACCCAACAGAUGAAGUCUUUAAGUCCAUUAUAGCAAGAAAAAGUAGAGCUCAAGUUAGAGCCACAUUUGAAGAAUACAAAAAGCUUACAGGUAAUGAUAUAUAUGUGGGUAUUCAGAAAGCUCUGAUGGGUGAUAAUGUGGAGGCUUAUGUAGGACUUGCACGAGCAGUCGAGGACCCAGUCUGGUUUUAUGCUGAAGCUUUACAUGGUUGUUUUAGUGGAGUGGGAACCAAUGAUACCAGAUUGAUCAGAAUUAUUGUUGCCAGAUCUGAGAUUGACUUGGCAGACAUAAAGACAAAAUACAAGAGUUUAUAUAACAAGACAAUAUCUGAGAGGGUAGAACAGGAGUGUAAUGGUGAUUACAAGAAAAUGUUGCUGGCUAUACUUGGGAAUAACUCGGACAAUGCUGCGAAGGCUCCGCAAAAGAAACCACCUGUCAAGCAAGCUCCUGUGAAAAAGGAAAAUGCACCCAAGCCAACAACUGGACCAACUGUGAAACCUGCAAAUCCUUUUGAUCCAGUUAAAGACAGUGAAAGUUUGAAUGGUGCCAUGUCUGGCUUUGGAACAGAUGAAACUGUUGUUAUCAAUAUUCUGCCACAUAGAUCAAAUGAUCAAAGACAGGAAAUAAAAGCUAAAUAUAAAGAAAAAUAUGAUAAGGAUCUUCAAAAAGAACUAGAGUCCGAGUUACGUGGAGAUUUUGAGGAGAUUGUGUUGGCCAUGAUGAUGAAACCUAUAGAUUAUACAUGUCAUUGUUUACAUGAGGCGACAAAAGGUCUUGGCACAAGGGAAGGAAUUCUGAUAGGUGUACUUGCUACAAAUACAGGAAAGAGACUUGAAGUUAUCAAGAACCGGUACAAAGAAAUGUAUGGUAAAGAUCUUCAAACAGAGAUAAAACAGGAUGUAUCUGGUGGUAUGGAAGAUAUGUUUGUUGAAAUUCUCAAAUGUGAGCGCGACCAGGGAGAGACGGUCAAUGUUGAAGAUGCUAAAGUAGAUGCUAAACGUCUAUAUAAGGAAGGUCAGAUUUCCAUUGACCCUACAGAUGAAGUAUUUAAAUCCAUUAUUGCAAGAAAAAGUAGGGUUCAAGUGAGGGCAACUUUCGAGGAGUACAAAAAGUUGACAGGUAAUGAUAUAUAUGCUGGUAUAAAGAAAGCUCUGAUGGGUGAUGAAGAAGAUGCUUAUCUAGGUCUUGCACGAGCAGUAGAGGACCCAGUCUGGUUCUAUGCUGAAGCUUUACAUGGUUGUUUUAGUGGAGUGGGAACCAAUGAUACCAGACUAAUUAGAAUUAUUGUUGCCAGAUCUGAGAUUGACUUGGCAGACAUAAAGACAAAAUACAAGAGUUUAUAUAACAAGACAAUAUCUGAGAGGGUAGAACAAGAGUGUAAUGGGGAUUACAAGAAAAUGUUACUGGCUAUUCUAGGCAGUUAAUAAGCUUCAAUAAUCAUGUCUGAUUCUAUUACCCCUAUCAAACCCAUUGAUUCAGAUAGGCUUUUCAGCAUAUUGUUUAGAGGAUGUAUGAUUCUGAAAAACCACCUUUGAAUUUUUUAAUGACAAUGGAUACAAAAUAUAUUAAAAGAGUAUAUAAUAUGUUAAGAAUAAUAAUAAUAAUAAUAAUAUUGAUAAUAAUGUAAAUUGUCAUGAUGAAUCACUGAUUUGAAGCAAGUUGUGAUGUUGUUAUAUACAAGUAUGUGUGUAAAUCAAUGCAUAUUAUAUUUUUGUAAUUUCAUGAAAUGUGUGUUACUUUAUAUACAAGUUGAUAUAACAUUUUUUGAUGGAAUCAGAAAAAAAAUAGUUUUGAAAUGAGAAAUUGUUUGAAAUUUUAUUUUUCAUAUGAAAUAAAAAAAAGUAUCAACAUUUUUUUUGCUGUUUUGUGUAGAAAGGAAUAUGUAGAGAGUUAUAAUAUUUAGUUGUGAUGACAUUAUACAUUGUUUACAGCUAACCCCAAGUUGAAAUAGCCUUUAACAUCUAACAAUAAAAGAGUCUUAAAUUUUGAUUUCAUUUGAGAUUAAUUUUUACAGGCAAUGUUUUCAUUAAAGUGCCCCCAAGUUAAAAGUGGAAUAACUUGUAUUUGUAAUAAGGUUUAAUUCUAUAAGAAUAUUUUAUACUUUAUUGAGUUACCAUGACACCUUAUACUUUUUCAGUAGACAUUGAAUAAAAUUGAUUGAAUUAGGGCUUUUUAAGGAAUGAAAUUUUUACUAAUGCUUUUCACUACAAAACUUUUUAAAUGUCACUGUUUUAUAUUGAAUAGGUGUGUCUAAAAUGUCUUUCCACAGAAUAAUAUACCUGAGUGCAUUUAUUUUCAUUUACGGUAGAUGUACUGUUAUUGUGAUAAUAUACCCGAGUGCAUUUAUUUAUUUAUUGUUCAGUCAUGCUAUACUGUUUUUGUAUUUUCACUGUAUAAAAUAUAUCAGUAUUUUUUUUUUGUUAUUUACAUCAAUACAAUUUUUUCACACGUAUAUUGUUUUGUUUUUAUUUAACUUAAUAACUAAAUGUGAUAUUUUCUUUUUUUAAGUUUUAUUUUUUACAAUUAUGUUAUAAUUUUGUUGUUUUUAUUGUAUUUUUCAUUUAUUUGUUUCUGCCAUCAUAAUGAUGGCUGAUUGACAAGGGACAUAAUUACAGUGUUACUAUUUUUUCAAAUAUUUAUUUAGAUACAAAUGAGUGAAGGCUGGCUGAAAAUUACAAAAUAGGGGGACAUGAUGCAUGCAAAAACCUGUACUCUUUUGCAAGGUCAAGGUCAUGGUCACAGUGACCUUUUAUGAUUUGUGCAAAUAAGGAGAAGAUAGUUGAAAUUGUCUAAGACUUGGGAAAUUUAUACUGGAUUUUAAAAUUGUUUAAUACGGAUAAUCUCAAUAACCAUGCACAAACAAUAUUGUAGGGUCAAGGUCACAGUGAACUUUGGAGUGUUUUAUAUGACAUUAUAGUUAUUUAUAAAACUUAUUCUAAACUGGUGUACAUGUUCAUUGACAGUCAGUAGACUGGCUAGGUACAUCAAUGCCACUAGAACAAUAGAUUAGGGAAUAUGUGUCAUCAAAGGUCAAGGUCUCUGAGAUCUUCUCCUCUUUAAAAUACAUGUAUAUUAUGUUUGAUUUAUUAAAUUUCACAUUUGGGAUGCUGUGAUAUAUUUAAAAUUUUGUAAUAUAGAUAAAAAAAGAUUUCAAUUGAAAUGUAUAUAGUCAUAUUGUGAGCUUUAUUUUAAAAAAAGAACAAUCACAUUUUUGUAUUCAGAAUUUUUUCUGUUUUUCUUUUAUUCCAAUGAUACAUAAAAUACUAGAAACCCUUGCUAAGUAAUAUUUAUAAAGAAAUGAUUAAUCUUUUAUUCUUCUUGCCUUUGCGUUAUUGAUCUGUAGAGAAAAUACAUGAUUACUUUUAGAAACAGUCCCUUCAGUUGUUAUUUACGUUUUAUAAAUAUAUAUUUUAAAGCUAAUAAAAUGAUUUUUACACCUU